AUGUCCGAACAACGCCUCGUCUUCCACCCAAGACACUCCCUGGCCUUCACCACAGAUUUCAUCUACAACGCAGUCAAAAUCGACGAUGCAGGCGACGCCCUCGAGGCCGUCUGCCGCAUCCUCAGUGCGGAGGCCAAGGUUCACGCAGGCCGCGAUACGGGCUCGCAAACCCUCGACCAGGCGACGUACCUCGUCGGCUGGCACGACGCGAUCCACUCUCUCCGAAACUUCAUCCUCGCCCGGAGAGACCUACAAAUGAACAAGAACACGCACAUCCACGGGGUCCCCAUGUGUAUGUCAUUUCCGCUCUCGGCCACUAUUCCGGAGGCUGCGAUUCUGGUCGCCAGCCGGGGCACCGCGUCGGUCUUCAACAUCCCCGAAGUCCCGCUCAUUGCCCCCAACAGAGCCGAGAAGCAGGCCGAUGACGGCUUCAUUGUCGUGAGCUCCUCGUCCGCCACCCCCUUCAACACGCCCACGACAAGCUCUUUCCUCCAGAACUCCUCGUCUGCGCCCACCGCCCAAAGCUCCCAACUCAACACGUCCAAAAUCCUCGCCGGCAUGGACACCAAGACCAUCCUCAUGAACUACGAGCGCGAGGCCCGCGAGUCGGAGCAGAGGAUCGCCACGGAGAUGGCUAAGAUGAGCCUGAUGCGCCAGGCUAUCUUCAAAGACCGCUUCUUCGGCGAGGAGCCCUCACUCCUAGACAACGGCGGCUUUGUCAACAAGAAGCAGCAAGACCGCGCCAUCGACGCCGUGAACCAGAUCUUCCGCAGGUGGAGAGGUGGACAGGUGCCGCCGACAACCCGGCCUUCUCACGAGGAGCCGGCCGUCAGGAAUCUUGGUCUCUUCGGCGGAGCAUUGCGCAAUCUGCAGAGCAACAGACCGGCAGUGUCUCAGUCGCCCGGCAACGCGGGAACCUUUGGGGGUCCUUCGAUUGGGAGCCCCUUUUUCAGCCCGUCUCAACCCAACACCAGCCAAGCUCCUCCUCGGAGCCAGCCAUCCCUCUUCAACUAUGCCUCGAUGCAGUCCACUGCACCAAGAAGCCAGCCCAAUCCGACGCCACCUGCUCCGCUCCUAGAAUGGCAGCUCGACCAGCUUCUGCAGGAUCGGAACGACACACACGACCUGAAGGAGUUGUGGCAGUCGUAUCAGCCAGGCCCUUCCUUCAUCGAGCGCAACGGGGUUCUUCUCCCUCCCCCUGAUGCGACGCCCUCUGCUGGAUCUUCCAAGUCCGUCGUAUCCUCAGGCCCGCCCCAGACCUUUGGGAGGCGCUUGGGGUCCUGCGCCAUAUCUAAUGGUGGCCAGCGUCAGUCCCGCCGUGAGCAGUUAGCGCCCAGCAGCAUAUUCCACAUAGUCGCCCAUCCCACGCCCUCGACUAUUCCAGCCUCAACCCAAGGUACGCUUCUCCAGGCAUCUCGACAGCAGCCAUCUUCCUCCAGCCCGACCUGGACUCAACCCCAAGAUGCCACCGAACGCGGGAUGCAAGCAAUGUACCGCGAAGGCGACCGCCUCCUCGAUCUCGACGCCGGCAGUCGCGCAACUGCCGACAGAUCCACUCGCCGAAGCCAGGCUGAGCUCGCCCACCAAGCUGCCCGGGACCUCCGGGCCCGCGUGCAUGCCCGCAGGGCCAUGGAGCAGGCGCAGACGCACACCCCGGAAAGCAGCGAUUCCCUGAUGACGGCGCCAUCGCCGACGUCUAGUUCCACGGAGCCCGCGGAGCUGGACGCAUUCAACACGCAGGUUGCCCCGAAGGCUGCUGCUCCUACGCCUCCCAGCCGGCCUUCUCUCUUCGAAAAGGCUCUCAGCCCGGAGGAGUACAACCCAGCACCAGUCCGGGGAGGUCCUGCUUCCGGCCGUGGGGGCCUCUUUGCGGAAGCUUUCUACAACCCAGCACCAGCCCGGGGCCAUGCCACGGACAACACCUCCAUUCCCAAGGCCGCCGCCCAUGCUCCCGGCCGAAGUGGCCUCUUUGGGGAAUCGCCUCACAUGCCUUAUGCCGGAGGUGGUCUCUUCGGUACCAGUCUAGCGCCGUCCCAGCAAGUUCCGUCCGGUAUCUUCGGCUCAAAGCAGCCGUACCACACUACCACGGCAAAUUCCUCUCCCAAGUCUAACGAGGAGGAAGAUGACCUGUAA